AUGGGAGGCUUUCUUUACUCGCAGUUUUUUGUCACCCCCAAAUACCCCGGCCAGUCAUUUGCAGGCCAGACCGUGCUAGUCACCGGCGCCAAUGCUGGUCUGGGCCUUGAAGCUGCACGCCACAUCACGCGGCUAGGAGCUGCAAGAGUGAUCCUGGGCGUUCGAAAUGUGGUGGCAGGCGAGGCAGCUAAAGAAGACAUUGAGAAAUCCACAGGACGCUCAGGUGUCUGCGAGGUGUGGAAGGUGGAUCUGGCAUCAUACGAAUCAACCCUUGCAUUCGGCGAUCGCAUUGCCACUCUCCCCAAACUCGACAACGCUAUCCUCAACGCAGCAAUCUCCACCCCAGAGUUCAGCACCGCCGAGGGAUAUGAGCAAACCAUCACGAUCAAUGUGAUCAACAGUCUUCUUCUCGGCCUCCUACUCCUCCCCACGCUCAAAGCGACUCGACAAACGGACCCGUCCCGCACACCGCGCCUUACAUUUAUCGUCAGCGAAGUUCACGCCUGGGUCAAUUUCCCAGAAUGGAUAGAGGACUAUCCCCUUCAGGUAGUCAGUGAUCCAUCGAAGGCUAGAAUGAAUGAAAGAUACCCACUUUCGAAACUGCUCGAGGUACUGCUGGUACAGGAGCUAGCAAGUCGGGUGCGUGGGUCCGAAGUGAUCAUCAACAUGGUCAACCCUGGUCUAUGUCACUCCCAGUUGACGAGGAAUCACGAGUCAUGGACCUUCGCGUUCAUCAAGAUGGUCCUGGCUCGAACCACCGAAGUCGGAUCCAGAACCUUGGUUGCUGGAAUUGCGGCCGGUCUGGAAAGUCACGGCGCGUACAUGACCAACGGAGAUGUGGAUAAUACCAUGCUGUCACCAUUCGUACGAAGUGACGAGGGGCGCCAGGCUCGUGAAAAGGUCUGGGGGGAGUUGUCGUCGAUCCUGGAGGGGGUUCGUCCGGGGGUUAUGCAGGGUCUAUAA